AUGCGUGCACGAACGCACCGACAAACAAACGCGCGCGCGCGCGCACUCACUCACUCACGCACAUACACACGCACUGGUACACCGCUCCGGUUCUCCGCUGCCUUUACAUGCGUCCUCAGCGAGUCCGCGGAGCGCUGGCUGCGCCAAGAUGAGCGGCGUCCCCGGAACCAGCUGAAUGAGUCACUGCCUGACCGACCCGCUGAGAGAGAGAGAAAGAGAGAGAGUGAGAGAGUGAGGAAGAAAGAGGGAGUGUGUGUGUGUGAGAGAGAGAGCGAGAGAGAGAGAGAGAGAGAGAGAGAGAGAGAGAGAGAGAGAGAGAGAGAGACCAUCUUUCCUCCCUUUGAACGCAUCUCCUGCUUGCAGGCAGAGACCGCAGCGCAGCCGUUUCAUUCUCCAGCCCUCCUUCUCCUCCUCUCCCCGCUGCAUCCCCCGUGCUCCCGUUCUCUCCCGAUUCAGAGGAGAGAGCUGGGCGGUGAUUUUGUGGAUAUUAUUUUUGCAUUUUCCUGCUGGGUGUUGGUGGCGCGCAGUCUGUGCGCGCUGUGUAAAUUCCGGUGA